AUGGUAUAUGUAAAUGAAAAGGGUUAUGUAAGGUUUUAUGAAAAAGGAAAUUGGGCACUAUUGUUUAAUUACACGCCAGAAGCAUUCUAUCCUUUUUGUAAACAACUAAUUUCUUUGAUUGUUAAUUUGUAA